CACAUUUCGUGGCGGGCGGUUGAGUUCUCGGAAAAUUUGGUUACGAUUUGAAGUAAAAGUGGUAAAUUCUUCUCGUUUGCAAUGCCGAACCAGAUUAGAGUCCUGGACUUUGGCGAUGGAUCGGUGCCCAUCCAGCUGGACUAUCCGGACCCGACGGUCUUCAGCGACUGCAGUAGCUACGGCGAUCGAGUUCCGGGUACCCAUUGGAUCGAGAUCGCAGUGCAUCAUAAGGGCCGCCUAGUAUACUCACCAAAUCCGGAGCAGAUAAUCCUGGAUGCCUUGUACCAGGCGGUAGACGGGGCGGAGUUCUUUCCGGUGUUCUACCAGCGUGGAAAGAGCGCGGAUACCCUGCUGGCCAGGAACUGCAAGGCGGCCAUUGAUAAUCUCUUCAAACAGCGGCUGUCCAUCAAUCUGGAAAGAGGCGCCUCCAUUCCUAUCAGUAUUCAACUAGGCGUGGCCCAGUACCGACGAGACCAAAUAACUCCAACGCUCCACAUCGCAAGGGUAGUCACCAGACUGAUGAAACAAUUGAUUCAAAGAGACGGUGUGGAUGGACUACUUAAUCUGGACAAUUUUGGAGGUCAUCCGGAGUUCAAAAACAUUGUGGUUAGCCUGGCCAAUCCGAGUAUCCUGAUGAACGUGUGUCAGGUGAUAGUCCACAACGACUCUGAAUUCUUACGGCUGAACGGAGUUAUAUUGUCUAACAACCGCAUUCGGGAUGUACGACCGCUGAUGCUACUCGCCAAUGUGGACUACGCCCUGCUCGACUUAAGGGGCAACAAGAUCAAGUCGGCCGAGCGCUUGUGUCGCGCGCUGGAACAAUUCCGGGCCAGAGAACUGCUACUGGAGAACAAUCCCAUUGUAAAGACAUCCAACUUUCCGGGAAGCAUUAGAUCGCUUGAGAAUAACUUCCAGUUGGUGGAUGGAAAGCCUUUUAACAUGCUGCACAAGUCCGUUUCGCCUCUGGAUGUGGAGAUCGAUUUGGAAAUAGAUGGAGCGCGGCUUGAUUCAAAUAACAAGUGGAAGUUGCCCGAGUUUGAGUACAGCCAGCAUUGGCAUGCCUUUAUGAUACCCGAUCCCAUUAAAGAAUUUAACCAGGAGGUGUUCUUUGACUAUUUCUUUAUUAGUCUCGAUCCGACCCUGAGCAACUUUUAUCCCUGCUAUUAUAAGUACAUUAACACGGAGCACGUUUUCCUCGUGCGUAACUGCUUUGAUCAAAUCGCACAUUUGGUAAACAAUUGCAACCUAGAGAUGACUAUUCCGAACGACAAUCGGAUUUUUCGCUACUACCUACGUAUGAAUGUGAGCACCUUUAAGCAGCAUCACGUCGAUCCGGAGGAGUGCAUACAGAAGGCUGUGUCACAAUGUUAUGUGGCACAAAACCGAAUGCUAAAUCUCGAACGAUUUCAGUACAAAGAAUGUCUGAAGGACGUGGUGGUGUCUCUAAGCUCGUCAAAGAUUUUGACUUACGUACUGUCGGUAGCAUCGCGAAAGUUCAUGACUACCUGUUCAGAGAUCCGCUUGUGCCACAACAAGAUCCUUUUUCUGGAUGGAGCCCACGUCCUUGGCAUGAUGGGUUGCUUGCGAGCGGUAGAUCUCAGCCACAACUGGGUCCAGGAUCUGGCAUUCAUCAACAGUCUUGGAAACUUGCCUCUUAAGUCCCUGGUACUUCACGGAAAUAAACUCUGCCGCAACUACAAACUUCCCAGCGAGUAUGUCAAGGCCGUGAAGGAGGUUUUUCCACAGUUGACCACCUUGGAUGGCGUGGACCUGCAGACGAAUCCCGGCCAGUCUGUGCAGAAAAACUUUCUUUGCGAUACAGGUGCCUACGAGUUGGUGGGUGGCUUUCUUAAAAACUAUCUCCGGGAGUUCGAAAACGAUGAGCUUCGUCAUAAUCUGUACAAGUAUUACUCCGAAGACUCGCUCUUUACUCUAACAUGCAACUACAGCGUGGUUCAAAAUCACCAGACUCCCAAGAUAUUGCAGCGUAUAUCUAAAUACAACAAGCACGCACGAAAUCUUCGCAACAAGGAUUAUUCCAAAGCAAGCGAUGGCGUGUUCUUUGGCUCUUCUGACAUCGUGGAGAUCUUGUUGCAACUGCCACGGGUCACCCACGACUUUCACUCCCUGCAGACGGAUGUAAUGCACUACGAUGGGAAUAUGGCGGUUAUCUAUGUGACUGGUUUGUUGCGGGACGAGCCACCUAGCACGAGAACCGGACACGGAAUCAGAUCUGAUAUUGGUGGUGUCCUUCUGGGCUUUAGCCGGCAGUUUGUGGUCAAGUUCGGUGGAGCGAACUUCGGCUUGGGUAAGAGAGCUCGUCGUCUAAAGAUCGCCAACGAACGUCUACACAUAAUGAAUCCAUCGAAAACUUUAAUGCGAACCGCCUUCAGUGUGAAUUAUCCUGAUUUAAGUGAACGUCAUGUCGAAGAGGACUCCCUAGAUGUGAAGGAUCACAAACUGCUACUGUUUCAAGAGGUAACUGGACUCAUUUCCACUUGGGUCACAGCGAUUGUGGAGGAAGCCGAUUGGGAUUUUGAGCGAGCCCUUAAGUUGUUCAUUCAGAAGAACGCGGAUCACGAGAUCCCAGACUUAGCCUUCGCUUAGGAUACAUCCAACUAAAGCUUGAUAGAAAAUAUUGAUCACUGACCAAAGUAUAUCCAAAAAUAGUUGUAGUCAAUCGAUUAAGAAUUUCCACUAAAGCUAAUAAUGACAAUUUAAACUCACAAUUACAAA